UUUGGUUUUAUCAUGUGCUGCCAGUAACGCCAGUUUUAAGAUGUUCUGUAAACAAAUUGCUGUUCUAGCUUUUCUAUGUCUAGGUACCACAUUGGUAACGGAAUCUGUGUUAGACAGUGAUCUAAAUAGAGAAAACCUAUGCACAGACACUUUCAGAUACGUUAAUGAUGCAGCAGGAUAUGUUACUGGUGAAGUUACUAUACCGGUAAAUGGUUUAAAAGAUAUAGUCGUUACUGUAAAUGCUACGGUAGCAGGAGUCUUGGAUAAGAAAACUAAACUCCUUAUCAAUUUGAAGAGUAAUCCACAAGAUCUAAUAUAUAAUCCAAAGGGCAAAGCCGUCUACGACGUAUUAUUCCCUACUCAAAAUCCUCUGCCUGAAGUUACACAAAUAAGUUUAAACGGCCAAAUAUUGUGUCUUUCAGACACAAUUCCCAGCCUUAAACCUGGUGAAUCUUUAACCUAUAUGUCCUCCAGUCAUCGUGUAACCAUCAGUUAGCUUAUAAACAAAGGACAGAAGUUUUAUUGUUUACCAACAUUGCAGUUUUUGCUAACUCUAAUUCAUCAUUAGCAUUCUCGGAAGUAAUUAAUAUAAUAAUAAAUGUUAUAC